GUGAUAUAUCGUGCUUCCGUUGGUUGGAACAUGGCGGAUGGCUACUUGGGAAUGCCGUCGUGAAUAUCGGAAUUGUUGUUCAGAUUUUGUUUAAAGUCUCAAGUUGCUAAUAGUGACAAUACCUGUGUUUCAAAGACAAUACGUGCAUGUGCUUUGACCUGAUCAACUGCAUUAAUUUCCUGGCGUUUCAUAACUGGAAAAUAUGGUAAUAAUCUUCAUGUGACCGGGCAAAUAGAAUCAAACAUGGCGUCUGCCUUGAACGAGGAAAGCGUACAGAAGAAAUUGCAGAGUGUUACAAACGCCCAAGACAGCAUACAAAGCCUGUCUCUCUGGAUCAUACACCACAAGACACACCACAAAGAAAUUGUGCGUUUGUGGUUGAACGUAUUUAAAAAAGCUAAAGCUGCCCAUCGCCUGACUCUGUUUUACUUGUGCAAUGAUGUUGUACAAAACUGUAAGAGGAAGAAUGCCAUUGUGUAUCGGGAGAGCUUCAAGGAUGUCAUCAGAGCAGCUGCUAUAUUUGCUAGAGAUAAAAUGAUCAAGGGGAAGGUGGAGAGGAUCUUCAACAUCUGGAAGGAACGCAGUGUAUUUGAUGGGAAGUACAUCUCUAGUCUACACAGCAUCAUGGGCACCGAGUCAGCAUCCCAUUCCUCAAAGCGCAAGACAUCUUCCAAGCAAGCGUCACUUGCAGUUGCUGCAGCCUCAGUGACCCCAGCUGCCACUGUCUCCACGCCUCCUGUGGCACCUAAACCUGCCAUCCCGCAGGUGGACCCCAAACUCAUUGCUGAUUUCAAGCCGUCAGUCCUCCUGGAUAGGAUGAGGACUUUCAACCUUCUGGAGCAGGAAGUUGUUCUCAGGCACAGACAGAUGGCCCAUCUCAAACUGGAUGUGUCCAGCCAGGAGGCUGUUAAGCAGCUCAAAGACAAGACGCAUGGGAAGGAGUUCUCCCAUCAGUUCGAGGACUCGUGUGUGAAGCUGGAGGAGUACCUGGAGAAGCUGGACACACAGAAUCUAAACAGGAAGGCCCUCCUGGAACUCAUGGAGACAGCGCAACUCUUCUAUGAUGAGCAAUACAGAGAGGCCAAGAUUGUUGCCAAUGCAUACAAGAAUUUUGGUACACGCAUUACCAACAUGAGUAAGCGGGUUAGUGACCUGAAGAAAAGCCUGCCAUACACGAUCAGCCCUGUUCCUUCACCUGCUCUUGAUGCCCCCUCCCCCGGCCAGACUCCCAGAGAGGACGACAACACGGAGGCAGUGGACAUGGAUCUGUCCGAGGAUGAUGCAGCUUCGGCAGUGGGGAUACAUGCUCACACUACAACUACAAAGUCCAUCUUAAAACCUAUUGCAAGUGUAACAGAGAUUACAGUGAAAGGUGGGGAUUCCCCCCCAGGCACACCAGAACACCAACCCGUCAUGGCUGUGUAUCAGCCUCCCAGUAAGAAGGCAAUGGGUGAUGGCCUUGACAAAAGACUAGCCAACCUAAUUCCCAGUCUGCCAAUGUCCCACAACUCGAAGAAGAAUCUGCCUGAAUCACAAGACGUGUUCUCCCAUGCAGCUUUUGCUGGGACCAAUAAGACCCUAACACCCCAUAACAUUCAGUCAUUCAGUGCCAAGAAUGUGUUUAGUGGAGGCAGUGAGGGGGGCUCCACCCCUCUGAGUGAUGAACGCUGCUCCACACCGGUGCAAGAUGAGGUGCCCGAGGUGGAGCCUGAAGAUGAGCAGGACAGCCUGCUGGAGCAAGUGAAGGAGGCCGCCAACCCUAUAGACAUUCUCACUAAACUCAUCAGUAAAACACAGAAGAGUGCUCCUUCUGCAUCAGAGUCAAAUUUCCUGCAAAGUUUGUCACUGCUUACUAGCACUGUCAAGUCACAUGUUGAGAAAGCAAAGUUAGCGAAAAUGAAAAAGUCUGAAGACAGUUCUGAUGAUGAAGAUGGAAGUCAAGAUGAGUCUGGUUUGCAGCCAAAAUCUUGGGCGGCAUGGAAAGCAAAAUCAAAUCCCCCUGAAGAAACUAGUCGCACCCCUCCCCGGCCUAUCCCUUCCAUUCAGUCCUCAAGACCAGAACAGCAGAUGCCAGGUCUUGUGUCUGAAUCCGAGGAGUCCAUACCAGAUCAAGGAGAUUUGCAGGAAAGUAUCCCCGAUCCUGUUCCACAACAACAAUCAUCAAUGCAAGUUCCACAAGGUCCACCGAUUCAGGUGGCUCAGGCUCCUCUAGGGCAAGGGAUGCAUCCAGGCCCUGUGAGUGCUCCUGGUCAAGUUCUACCCAGCGGCCUACCUCCAGGACCAGUAAUGCCCCCUGGCCAUCCUCCAGGGGCAGUCCGGCUUGGUCAUCCUGGUCCAGGACAGCCACCAACUGCAGCGCUACCAUCAGGACACCUACAGGGACCUCCCCCAGGACAUCAUCAGGGUCCACCUCAAGGACAUCAUCAAGGACAUCCCCAUGCUCCACCACCCGGACUUCCCCAUGGCCCUCCCCAUGGCCAUCCACCAGGACAUCCUCAAGGUCUUCCACCAGAUCAGAGACCUCCUCUAACAUUACCUCCUGGUAUACCCAUGAGUCAGCCUCCAAGACCAAUGCCUGGACAUCCCAUGCAUCCUGGUAUGGGAGGGCAACCUUUAGCCCCUCCAAUUGCUCCCCCGCAUCAAUCAAAUCCCCCUGUGAGUUACAUGCCUCCUCGUUUACACAUCCCUCCUCCACAUUUUUCAUCACCACCUCCCACUUCAGCGUCAUACAAUCCUCUUAUGACACCUCCCCCAGGAUACAUGCUUCAGACAUCUCCUGGUCAGAAAGAAAACUGGCCUUCUUCUGACUCUACUCAAAGCUCUCCUAGUGCUCUUGUGCCACUUGUAGGACCAGACGUUCACCCUAUCAACCAAAGAUCAUCACCAGCAGCUGAGAUGCCAAAUCCACCCUUCAAUUCGCCUCUCCCGAAACCACCUAAAGGUAUAUUGAGAAAUUCACAGGCCCCAGUAUUAAAAGAGGUGUCCCAAGCAUCGGGUCAACUAGCAGACCUCACUUCACCUACUCCUGGCUCGGGUCCUAAGCCCCCAUCAAUACCCCCAUCCCCAUCAGACUCAAGACCACCUCCUCUGCAUGGGCAGUCACAGCUAGUGCUACAACCAGGAGAAGAUCUUAUAGAAUUCACAGAGAAGCUAAAACGAAAAACAGCUGAGUCUCAGCCAGAAGGGCGCCCCAUUCAGCCUGUGUUUAGUCUUAACCCGAGACGGCCAAAUCUAACAACAAUUACUCCCUUCGAAGAAAUGGACACUGACAAUGGUACCGAGACAGAGAACAAGGAGGAAAAUGACACUGAAAACUCAGAAGAAAACAAGUCAAUUCAGUCAAUACAAUCUAUUUCAACACUUGGCAGUGUAGUUCGGCGUGUUGAUCAUUCAGAUCGGGACAAUGGAAGCCACGCAGAAUUGAGGCGGAAGCCUGUGGAACCUUUGCAACAUGGAGGACAUUCAUCACAUUACGAGUCUGAAUAUAGAGAUCCUUACUAUGACCGACACAGGAGUCAGCAACACCACUACCCCCCUCAAGACCCCUACAGAGACCCCUACUCCCGGUAUCCCCCAUACUAUCAUAAUGAUCCUUACGGUCCCUCACCACCUAAAAGACCGUACCCAGAUCCUUAUGAUCGAAGGAGGCCCUAUUACCGGUACUAAUGAGUGGUGAUUUCACUGAGAAGAGGAAUGUGUGGUUUGUGAACGGCAUCUGUAAAGAUGCUGUACAAUGGGCUGAAUGUUUUGUAACCUAGUUACGUCCAGGGUACUCUGAAUGUUUCCAAACUGGCAUGUGUCGUGCAGGACAGCGAAGAAAGGACAGCUGCUGUAAGGGACAUUCUGGGAAAUACUAUUCAUGGCAGCAUUUGAACUGGAAUAUGAGAAUGUGAUUGUGCUGUCAUCUUUCUGCUUGAUAGAAACCUUUUAUUCCUGAAUUCAAAUGAAAUUUGUAUGCAAUUCUUAAUUCUCAAUUUUCCUUGACAUCCACAGAGGAGUCAGGUCUUAUCAAGUGACAAUCUUAGGGCAUGUUGCCUCCAGAUAAUUACAGGUCAGUGUACAAAAAGCCUAUUUCACUAUCAUGUUAUGAAACAUUUGUGACCAUUUAUGUGUUUCUGAUGUUUAGUUAAGUUAAACUGUAUAUCUGUAAGAAAAUGAAGCGUCUUAUUGUAUUGAGAAAGUUGAUUUGUUUUUUGCCUGUGAGAAUUCUUAAAGACCUUUGCUUGAGUUGUCUGUUGAGUUUGCAUCCAAGUUUCCGUAUAAAGUUGUCAAAAUGAGUAUGUAGAUAAUUGUGGGUUCAAGACAUGCAUGAUUGGAAAUAGAGUUAAUUCUGUGACUGUAUGGGUUGUAUCUUGAUCACUGUGAAAAACCUCUCGAAAAGGGCACUUAUUUGGUAUUUAUUAUGUUGACUUUGCAGAAGAAUAUUUUUUGGAAACAAGCAUACUUUUCAAACACACCUACUUUGUACCUGCAUCAUUCCGUGGACAGUCCCAGUAGCGUCAUCGGAAGCUUCUUGUUAACGCUUUUCCUGUCAAUGCUUUUGGGGAUAGUACUCACAUUCUAGGGACUAAUGUUGACUUGGUUACCUUGGUUUCCUGAAGCUUAUAUGUAUCAUGGCUUUGAAAGUGUUGAGAAAUGUUUCCAAAGUGGACUUCGUAGAAAUGAGUGAGAGGUUUCCAAUAACCUAAUACUCUGCAUUAUGUGACAUGAUAUCAUACAUUGGUAUUUCUGUUAUUUAUCUUGAUUGUACUGUCUCUUUGAGAAAGGACAUUUUAAUAUUCCAUGUUUCACUUGUUUUUGUUUGUGAUUUUCACAACACAUUAUUUUCAGUCAUGUCUUGGGUGACUGUUCCAGCAGGCAGGGGUGUCAGGCACACAUUGUUUAGCCCUACAUCAAUGAAUUGUGGUAUAGUGAUUGAUUGUUGGUAGCAAUUUCUCUGUGAAGUUAAAUGCAUUGAAUGGAAACAUCUGCAGUAAUGACCCAUGCGAAUGUGCUAAUGAAUUGUUAAUUGAAAUAAUUGUCUGUGGUCUAAUAGUUUUGUUUUGCUACUGAUAACAGUACACACACACUUCAAAGGAAAUAACGUUUGAUUUAUAAUGAAACCGGCAUAACAUGCAUUGCAGCAUAACAAGAAAUUAUGAUGUACAUUAUUAGUCUUUCAAACAUAUAGGGUCUACGUCUUCAUAGAGUAAUGAUAUACGGACACAAAAUAUAAAGCAUUCAUUUCAUAGUAUCUCUUUAUAUUCCUGUUUAGAGUCAACAUUUUUUUAUUUAAGAAGGAACCCUUUCACUGGAGGUCAUUGAAUGUGCUGGGUUCAUGGUUAUGUUAAUGGUAAGAAAUGUUUUUGUUACUUUGAACACACAUUGUUACUGCCCAGCACACUUCCAUGCCUAUCUGUAUGGAGGGAUUCUGUGUUGCCAACAAUCUUGACACCCCUGAUUAAUUGCUUCAGUUUGCACAGACCAACAGUUCCAGUGUUAAUUCAGUUGUAUGCAUGGCAGAAUGUGAAGAGUGAGAUGUAUUGGGAAGUUGUACAGCUUCUUGUAUAUUUCCAGGCAAAAAUAAAUAAGUCUGAAUUUUUUAA